AUGGCGUCAUCAUUUUUUCAGACGUCAUUAGAUGAUAAUACAACUACAUAUGAUAAUCAAAGUUAUAUUACUACUGUUAAUACUGUUAUAACAGAAAAAUCUUCUAUUAAUAAUAUUGUUUCUACAACACUAAAUGAUAGUUUUGACACUCUACAUAAUAUUAUUGCUGCCAAACCGAAUUAUGUGAAUAAAUCUUUUAUUAUUGAACUUAUAUGUUCUAUUAUUAUUAUUUUUGUAAUUGCAAUAAGUGCUCUUGCUUUUGUUCGUCAUUAUCAACAUUCACAAACACAACAAAAGAAACAAAACGAAUACGUACAAAAUGAGAAAUUAAGUGCUCAUCCAUUUGAAGAAGUUCUCGUUGCUGUCAGUGAACCUCAAUCAGUUGAAAUGACGCAGACGACACCGACUGCACAUGCAAAUUGA